CUGUGCGACGCACACAAAACACAGAAGAAGAACUUGGUCGUCAGCUAGCAUAAACAUCUAGCUUAGCUGUGUCAGUGUGAUGAGGUCUUUGUACAGAUUUGGCAGACCACCGAGAUAAAAUAAUCAAAGAUUGCCUCCCCGUGAAUCGACGCUCUUUAGCUUUCAUUGCAUGUGGUACAGCAACACUGUAGCACCACUGGCAGUACCGUGACCCAAGAAAAUAAUGAGCUGCAGCUGAAGAUGGGUGGCAGUGGCUCCAAAUCCAGAGGAUUUUGGCCUUUUUCUGGCUCAGGUAGUGUGGAUGAUUCAACCAAAGAUGGAAACGAGCAGUCACUGGCACGAGUCCGAAGUUUCCCCGGCGCAACACCUUUUGUGUUUACUAGACGAAGCUCAAUGUUCUUUGAUGAAGAUGGUGACUUGGCACAUGAGUUUUAUGAGGAGGCAAUAGUGACAAAAAAUGGACGCAAAAAAGCCAAGCUGAAGAGAAUUCAGAAAAACCUAACACCUCAGGGAAUUAUAAAGCUGGACCAUCCGUGCAUCCAUGUAGAUUUCCCAGUUGUCCUCUGUGAAGCCUGACCAUGACUAUGGAGUGUCUCGGACUAGCUACUGUGUCAACUCCAUCCUUCAGUUUGCCAGACAACUGGAAGCCUGAAACAAUUUAAAAUAACAUGAUCCCUUGAUAUAUUUGAUGCCCUUAUGUGGACAGGCUAAUGCAAUGUGUGCUGAGCCUCUGCAUGUGAUCUGUUAUAUGGCUUGUGUGCAGUUAGACACUGAAUAAGUCACCAGUGAAGAUCGAAAAGGGCGCUGUGGUGGGAAAACUGACUCCGUAUACAGGUCAUAAUUUUGGUGCAUGUGAAUGUGUGUGCACAUACAGGGUGAAAUGAGUCCUGAAUUCAUUGGUGCGGAUUGAUGUCUGGUAUGAUUCAUUGAGCUCCAGGAGUUCAAGGAGAAAAUAAACAGUUCUUUUUGUUCUGUCACCAUCAUAUAUAAAGUGACAAGUGCACACACUAGGCAUUUUUACACCAUAAUGACUUGGUUUAUUAUGCAUGGAGCAAGAUCUGCAUAUCAGUAAUAGUCCUCGGGUAGUUGACAAUCAAUGGCCCAUCAAAUAUGAAGUGGAUAAAUGUCAUAAUGUUGGUUGGACUGACUUCACUGACAUCGGAGUCACAUGUACAUAGCAGCAGUGAGUCUAAUGAGAGAUCCUCUUUUCUUUGCUGCUUUGGCACAUUAUGUUUCAUUUAAUUUAUUAUAACUGUUUUUUAAUUACAUUUUGAAACGUUGAACUGUGUAAUGGUGCUUUCUUAUUUGUAUGUGUCAAAUUGUGUGCUUCUGAGGCAUGAGGAAGAAAUAUUUAUGGAUACAAUAUAUAAACAAUGGUAACUUUAGAUUUUAUGUUACAGGUGAGUAAAGUCGACCAACACAAUCUGUUCAAUAGAAAUAAUGCUCCUGCCUGGGAUCUACCUGUAAUUGAAUUAGAUGUCCACAGAGGAAAUUGCAAAUUCAAACUGUUUGGAGAAAAGCUAUUGUGCGUGUAUGUAAUAAUGAGCGGAGUGAAAGCGUUCGGUCCUGCCUCCAUGGGAAAGGGGUUUCUCUAAAGCUGCCUUUGAUGGUGUUCUCCUUGGAGGAUUAAGAGGGCUGUGCCAAAGUCUAUUCCACUUUAUUGCUUCCAUGAAAUGAUUUUACUUUGUGCUCUGGACAAGUACCUCUUCUCAGCUGGGUUUGUGGGUAAUAUGGAGCAACAACUACUUUUUUCUAUUAAACUGUAAUAAUAUGCAAGGCCACAA